ACCACCACCACCAUCAUCAUCAUCAUCAUCCGGCCUGCUGAGACGCGAGGCCGGUGGCUGGAGUGUGCAGCAGCAGUCUCACCAUGGCGGUUAACCUGGACAAGGAGGCAUACUACCGGCGGAUAAAAAGACUCUACAGCAACUGGAAGAAAGGAGAGGAUGAGUUUGGUAAAGUCGACGCAAUUGUGGUCUCUGUGGGGGUUGACGAAGAAAUUGUGUACGCAAAAUCCACAGCCAUACAGACUUGGCUCUUUGGCUACGAGCUAACGGACACCAUUAUGGUCUUCUGCGACACCAAGAUCCUCUUCCUGGCCAGCAAGAAGAAGGUGGACUUCCUCAAACAGGUGGCCAUCACCAAGGGUAAUGAGAAUGCCAAUGGGAUUCCACCCAUCACACUACUCACCAGGGAAAAGAAUGAGAGCAAUAAGCCUAACUUUGACAAGAUGCUGGAGGCCAUUCGCGGAAGCCACAAAGGCAAGACGGUGGGCAUAUUCAGCAAGGACAAGUUCCCCGGCGACUACAUGAAGAGCUGGAACGACACUCUCACUGCCGAGGGGCUGAUGAAGGUGGACAUCAGUGCCGUGGUGGCGUACACCAUGGCGGUGAAGGAGGACGGUGAGCUCAACUUGAUGAAGAAGGCGGCGGCCAUCACCAGUGAGGUUUACUCAAAGUUCUUUAAGGAGCGUGUCAUGGAAAUAGUCGACGCAGAUGAGAAAGUGCGCCACAGCAAACUCGCUGAGUCGGUGGAGAAGGCAAUCGAGGAGAAGAAGUAUCUUGGAGGCGUCGACCCAACCACAGUGGAGAUGUGUUACCCUCCCAUCAUCCAAAGCGGCGGAAACUACAGCCUCAAGUUCAGCGUUGUCAGCGACAAGAACCAUAUGCACUUUGGCGCCAUCACAUGCGCCAUGGGCAUCCGCUACAAGUCAUACUGUUCCAACCUAGUACGUACGCUCAUGGUGGACCCACCACAGGAGAUGCAGGACAACUACAACUUCCUACUGCAGGUGGAGGAGGAGCUGCUCAAGGAGCUCAAGCAUGGUGUGAAAAUCUGCGAUGCCUACAAUGCUGUUCUGGAGUACGUGAAGAAGGAGAAGCCUGAUCUUGUUGCCAAGCUGACCAAAAACCUUGGGUUUGUCAUGGGAAUUGAGUUCAGAGAAGGCUCCUUGGUGCUCAACUCAAAGAAUCAGUACAAGCUGAAGAAAGGCAUGGUGCUCAGUAUCAGCUUAGGCCUGGCCGACCUAACCAACAAGGACGGCAAAAAAGAGGAACAGAAGAAGUACGCCUUGUUUGUCGGCGACACGGUGCAAAUCAACGAGGAAGAGGCAGCUGCUGUGCUCACACCGGUCAAGAAGAAGAUAAAAAACGUGGGCAUCUUCCUCAAGAAUGACGACGAGGACGAUGAAGAGGAGGAUGGCGAUGACGCAGAAGAGCUGUUGGGAAAAGGCGCUCGUGGUGCGGCGCUGCUUGCCGAUAGAACCCGGAACGAGAUGACUGCGGAAGAGAAGCGUCGCGCCCACCAGAAAGAGCUGGCUAACAGUUUGAAUGAGGAGGCCAAGCGACGUCUGACCGAGCAGAAAGGAGAGCAGCAGAUCCAGAAGGCCAGAAAAUCCAACGUGUCCUACAAGAACAUUUCUCAGAUGCCGAGAGAGAAGGACAUCAGAGAAAUGAAGAUCUUCAUUGACAAGAAAUACGAGACAGUUGUCAUGCCCGUCUUUGGCAUCGCAACGCCGUUUCACAUCGCCACCAUCAAGAACAUCAGCAUGUCUGUAGAAGGAGACUACACAUACCUGAGGAUCAACUUCUACGUUCCCGGCAGCUCCCUCGGCCGACAGGAAGGAAACAUUUUCCCCAACCCGGAUGCGACUUUUGUCAAGGAAAUCACGUACCGUGCAUCCAACCUGAAGGCACCCGGCGACACCUCAGUGCCGUCCACCAAUCUGCAGAACGCCUUCCGCAUCAUCAAGGAGGUGCAAAAGCGCUACAAGACUCGAGAAGCGGAGGAGAAGGAGAAGGAGGGCAUAGUCAAGCAGGACUCGCUAGUCAUCAACCUCAACCGCAGCAACCCCAAACUUAAAGACCUCUACAUCCGGCCCAACAUCGCCCAGAAGAGGAUGCAGGGGUCUCUGGAGGCACACACAAAUGGUUUCCGUUUCACAUCAGUCCGUGGGGACAAAGUGGACAUCCUUUAUAACAACAUCAAGCACGCCGUCUUCCAGCCAUGUGACGGCGAGAUGAUCAUCGUCUUGCACUUCCACCUCAAGAAUGCAAUCAUGUUUGGCAAGCGGCGCCACACGGACGUGCAGUUCUACACGGAGGUGGGGGAGAUCACCACAGACCUGGGCAAACACCAGCACAUGCACGACCGCGACGACCUGUACGCCGAGCAGAUGGAGCGCGAGAUGCGGCACAAGCUAAAAUCUGCUUUCAAGAACUUCAUUGAGAAGGUAGAGACGCUCACGCGGGAGGAGCUGGAGUUCGAGGUUCCGUUCAGGGACCUGGGUUUCCAGGGUGCCCCCUACAGGAGCACCUGCCUUUUGCAGCCUACCUCUAGCUCCCUCGUCAAUGUUACGGAAUGGCCACCAUUUGUGGUGACUCUGGACGAGGUGGAGCUGGUCCACUUUGAGCGCGUACAGUUCCACCUGAAGAACUUUGACGUGGUCAUUGUCUACAAGGACUACAACAAGAAGGUCACCAUGAUCAACGCCGUGCCUGUCAACUCACUGGACCCCAUCAAGGAGUGGCUCAACUCAUGUGAUAUCAAGUAUACGGAAGGCGUGCAGUCUUUGAACUGGACCAAGAUCAUGAAGACCAUCGUUGACGACCCUGAGGGCUUCUUUGAACAAGGAGGAUGGUCUUUCCUCGAUCCUGAGAGCGAGGGGAGCGGCGCCGAAGAAGAUUCGGAGUCGGAGAUGGAGGAUGAAACGUUUAACCCCUCGGGGGAUGAUGAGGAAUUUGAGGAGGAGGAGGACAGUGAUGAAGACUACAGCUCAGAGACUGAGGAUUCCAACUAUAGCGCAUCGCUGGGCAGCGAGGAGGAGAGUGGCAAAGACUGGGACGAGCUGGAGGAGGAGGCCCGAAAAGCUGACAAGGAGAGUCACUAUGAGGAUGAAGACACAUCUAACAAGAAGAGGAAGAUCCGCUCGUCUGCGCUAGCUCCCAGCAAGAAGAAGAGGCGAUCCUAGACUGCCAAACCUCCAUCCACUGCCCUUCCUGUAUACCACCCUCACUUUCUGGUUCUUUGGACUCUGUGCACGCUCAGAUACACAACUUGUGUGUGUGUGUGUGUGUGUGUGUGUGUAUAUACAUAGAGGUCGUUUGUGUUGGUCUACACAUCGUCACAGUGACGUACCAGCAUUUUCUCUUCAUUCCUUGUCUCUCUGCAUUUUGUGUGUGUGUGUGUGUGUGUGCGUGUGCGUGUGCGUGUGCGCGCGCGCAUGCAACGUGUGUUUUUUGCUAAUGAUUUUGUUAGCUAGUAAAACACUUGACAUUUUAUAGCAAGCCCCAUCCCCCUUGUGAUGCCUUCACUGUACAAUUUGAGGGCGUUCCAGAAC